GGUCCAAGACAUCGGCCGACGCAUUUUCGCACACGCCGCGGAUGGUUAUGGCCGCUUUCUUGGUUUUGAUAAGUCUACAAGCACAACAAAAAUCUUGGCGAGACUAACCAGGCUCCUACACUAUUUCCGUCCCUCUGUAGUACCCCUUGAGGAUUUUCAGAGAUGUUAAUGUGCUCAAAAAUUGAAUGCCAAAAGUUGGGCAGUUGGCUGCCCUUCAGUGGAUAAACAUCUGGUGGCGCACGUAGUCGGACUAAUGUGAAGCCAACUUCUCUUCUUAGCAUACCUGUAGAGAGCCCACAAAGCACCGCUGCGCGAUCGUUUCUAAAUCAAUGAUAAGUACCAAAAAAAGUUUGCUGGUCUCCUUGUUGGGCGCCGCCGAUAGUCCAUUAAUCGCCAUCGCCUAGGGUGCGUGCUUAAUGAAAAACGUCUGUCGGAUUUGAAUUUAUUUUCGGCAAAUCACUUGACAGGGCAUUCUUUAUCACUAUGCGCGUUGUUUUGGGUUGUUGUUCACAAAGUUGCCACAAAUAGAGCAAGCUGUUACUUUCGGCUCCUCACUGAUCAUCCCCCUCGGCCUAUUGUCUGCCUUCGCAGCUAGGGCGUAGUGUUAAGUCCUUAGUGAUGGUCUAGCGUCAAGCCUCUUUAUCGCGUUAUUUAUUUUCACCUACUUUCUCUAGAAGUUGUUUGCGUUAUUGUACUUAAGUUUUUGGCCCGAUGGAUCCAUCUCUAACGAAGCGCCCUCGAUUUUACCAGUAAAAUUGGUGAUGCAUUGGCGGGAUUCUGGGAGAAGUCGCUGGCGAGUGUGGUGCAGUGUAUGGUCACAGGAGUGACCCAGAUUUUCAAGGCGAUCGCCUUCGAGCACGUCUUCCACUUCGUAACCAAUUAUGGCAAACUGACAUGAGCUCACGCUCUUGCUCCGUCUAGUAUCUUACGAGCCUAAGCCCUUCUAUGCCAGACGAGACCACGCGCAUGCCCCAUUAAGUUGCGUCUGCUCUAAGACUGAGAUCCAUUUGCGUGCCCACUUCCUUCACGACGUUUCCCCCAUAAUUUUCUGCAUGAUUAUUUCCCUUACCGCUUGUUUCUCUCUUUCUUUUGGCACUAGAUACGAUGUGGUGGUGGUGACUGCUCGUCUUUGUUUUUUACUUAUCCACUUUUGGCGAGUCAGCUUUUCGGGCAAUCGAGCUUGCGUGUUUAUUGCGUUGGGCGGGCUGUAAACAUCUAAAUUCGUACUUUUUCACGACCCCCAGACCUCGCGGUCAGUGAUUGUCGAGGGGGCUAAUUAUUUGUCGCUCAAAGAAGAUACAACUCCAAUGGCUGCACUUUGCGUCUGUGAUGAUUACUGUAGACCCAGAACAACAGAUGACGCAAGAGCGAACCGCCAUGCUUAGUAACCGUGCAGCUGGCCUUUCUCCUGUAGUUUGGUCUGAGUCAAAAACGCCAUGAGAGUUCAUUCUGUAAGUCGAGCAAUUUCUAGGUCAAACUACUCAGCUCUUUGGCAGCAUUAUUGCCGUUUUUGAUCACACAGCUUGCGUAAGUAGGGCUGUUACCUGACUAACGAGGUAUCUGCUCUUUACCAGAAAACCUUCCACUAGUCUGUCGUCGUUCUUUUCGAUGACACAAACAACGAAACAAAGAAAGCACAACAGUAUGCCGUCGGGGCGGCCAAAUAUGUCGUUUGCCAUAUCCCUACCCAAGGCGCCACCACCUUUCAUAGCAACGCGGUGAGCGACAUGGCGACUUCAUUGGUUUACGCUGAUGUGUUACAUUUUUUGGAGUUGGUAGGCAGGAUCAUCAGCUGCAGAUGCGCCAGGGCCUCGCGCAGUCUCGUAUCCUCGAAGCCCAGACGCGCCUGGUUCAUAUGCCGUCUAACUUUAUUGGUCUGGGGCCUUUGUUUCUGUGCAGGUCUAUGCGCGUAUGUUGCCGCGGUCAGGCAAAAGAGGCUGCUGCCGUUGACGGGUGUGCGCCAUCAGAAUAGUGGGCCCGUGCGUUAUGUGCGUACCCGUGCGUCCCAUCUUUGUCGGUGCUUGCUUUGGUGGUCGGUCCCCCCCCGUUCUCCAAGGUAUUCAGGCUAGGUGGAGGAUGGGUGGCUGGGUGGUCUUGUUCGUCUCCCUCGUUUCAAGUGUGACGGCAGGCAGGGCCGUAUACUCACUGCCCGCGCCGCUAAGCUCUCUUUUGGGUGACGACUAUGGCCCCUGAGAUAUCUAGAUCUUGUUCUAUCGAAAUACCCAGAAGUUUGCAAUGAGCGAGCCGAGCGAAAAAUAGUCGACAAGGCUUCAGCAGCUGGGUGCUCGUCGUGGCUUGUGUUCGGGGGUGUGGCAUUCGCGGUGUAGACUGGCUAGCGGAGGCGCAAGUGCGGGGGCUGCUACGUACAGAGGUAGGCACUAGCUGGGCCACUUGGUAGCGACCGCUGUGUUCGUUUAGGAGACUGGUCAACCCGGGGAGUCGGGCGUUUCGCGUUCUUGCGGCGCUGCGCAGCUGAUCUCCAGAGGGAACCCCGACACCCAGACCCCUUUUGCUGUCGGGAUGCCAUCUUGAGGGCCGCUGCGCGGCGCCGCGCAGCCGAUCUCGAGAGGGAGGCAGGCUGCCGACACAAAGUGGAACUUUGUCCCUGUCCGAUUUUACUUCUGUCGCGUUGGCUGAUGCUCCCCGCCGCGCAAUGGCAGUGCUUUGCUGUCCGUCAAGCCUUGCCUGGGGCGGGUCUUGGGGUAUUGAAAUUCCCCUUCCACUUAGCUUCAGGCUCAGCCCGUUACCGGUCACGCAGCUGCUUGGUAAGUAGUUCUUGUUAUUUUCCUCGUGUGGGGUGCCGGUCUCUCUGUUGGUCGUCACUUCGUGGGGGUCAGUCUUAUCGCCUAUUCCUUCGGCUGCUCGCUUAUUUCAGUCACUCGAGUAGGGGAGGAAGGGUCUGGGAGUCGUCGUGGGCAUCGUCUAGACUCGGUCAAGGCCCUGUGCUUGAACUUGAAGUCUAGGAGCCGUGCUGGAGUCCUCGCCAGGGAUACAGGGACAUCAAGCGCACGCCCAGCGACUGCCCUGUCUAGAUAAUUGGCUGGAUACUCAUUCUCGGCCUAGCCACCUCAGGUCCAAACCUAGCGCGAGCUGUGUGGUGUUCCACCGCGUCGCCUGGCUUUGGCAAAGCGUCAUGUCGCUCCGGGGGUCGUGCUUUUUGGUGUGUUCUUGAGUUUGUCGUCGCACUCAAUGCAGCCACGCACGGGGCAGGGCUGCUCAGUUUUUUUUGUUAGUUUUCUUUUCAUGUGUUGAAAAGAAACUGAAAGGGGCCCGUGCUGUUAUUUGGCUGACAGAAAAAACUGCCCUUCUGCCGCAAUUGCGCAGCCGUUGCAUGCGUACCGUGCGCCAAUGGUUGGAAAGCGCGCGCUGCUCUCCCUAUCUUGUCGUGGCUGGCCCAACAUCUGCCUUCCAUAUGCUUAAAUCGAAGGGGACUGGCCGUAGCUGUCUGAUGAUCUUGCUCUUUGGUGCUCGCAAAAGUUACCACAGUGUCUUUUAUUGUUCGCAUGCUGUUUUUCCUGCUGGUGCGUCGGAUGUGGUGUCUGACGUGCUUGAGGGUGUAGCAAAGGCCGUUUCCUUGGAUGCCUGGC